CCGCCCCCUCCCCCCGCUCCGCCCGCUCAGAGCAUGAUGGCAGCGGCGUCCGAGGUAGCUGGUGUGGUGUCCAAUGCCCCCAAUCCUCCAGAAUCCUCUUCUAGUUUAUGUGCUUCCAAAUCAGACGAAGGUCUCCCAGAUGGUCUAAGCCCCAAAGACCCUGCACAGAAGCACAAGAACUCGCCUCUGUCGAGUGUAAGUAGCCAAACGAUAACCAAGGAGAAUAACAGAAAUGUCCAUUUGGAACACCCAGAGCAGAAUCCUGGUUCAUCAGCAGGUGACACUUCAGCAGCGCACCGGGCGGUUUUAGGAGAAAACUUGCUAGCCACAGCCCUUUGUCUUUCUGGCGGUGGGUCUCAGUCUGAUUUGAAGGACGUGGCCAACACAGCAGGAGAGGAGGGGGACACAUGCCUCCGGGAGAGCCUCCAUCCCGUCACUCGGUCUCUUAAGGCAGGGUGCCAUACAAAGCAGCUUGCCUCCGGGAAUUGUUCUGAAGAGAAAUCCCCACCAGCCUCCAUCCUAAAGGAAGGUAGCAGGGACACAGGCUUGGAUUUCCGACCUGUGGUGCCUCCAGCAAAUGGGGUUGAAGGAGUCAGAGUGGAUCAGGAUGAUGAUCAGGAUAGCUCUUCCCUGAAGCUUUCUCAGAACAUUGCCGUACAGACUGACUUUAAGACAGCCGAUUCAGAGGUAAACACAGAUCAAGAUAUUGAAAAGAAUCUGGACAAAAUGAUGACGGAGAGAACGCUGUUGAAGGAACGUUACCAGGAGGUCCUGGACAAGCAGAGGCAAGUGGAGAAUCAGCUCCAAGUGCAAUUAAAGCAGCUCCAGCAAAGGAGAGAAGAAGAAAUGAAGAAUCACCAGGAGAUACUAAAAGCUAUCCAGGAUGUAACAAUAAAGCGAGAAGAAACAAAGAAGAAGAUAGAGAAAGAAAAGAAGGAGUUUUUGCAGAAGGAGCAGGAUCUGAAAGCUGAAAUCGAGAAGCUUUGUGAGAAGGGCAGAAGAGAAGUGUGGGAAAUGGAACUGGAUAGACUCAAGAAUCAGGAUGGUGAAAUAAAUCGGAACAUUAUGGAAGAGACAGAACGGGCCUGGAAGGCAGAGAUCUUAUCACUAGAGAGUCGGAAAGAGUUGCUGGUAUUGAAACUAGAAGAAGCAGAAAAAGAGGCAGAACUGCACCUUACUUACCUCAAGUCAACCCCCCCAACACUAGAGACAGUUCGUUCCAAACAGGAGUGGGAAACAAGGCUGAAUGGAGUUCGGAUGAUGAAAAAGAAUGUUCGGGACCAGUUUAACAGUCAUAUCCAGUUGGUGAGGAACGGAGCCAAGCUGAGCAGCCUUCCUCAAAUCCCUACUCCCACUUUGCCUCCACCCCCAUCAGAGACAGACUUCAUGCUUCAGGUGUUUCAGCCAAAUCCCUCUCUGCCUCCUCGGAUGCCCUUCUCCAUUGGGCAGGUCACAGUGCCCAUGGUUAUGCCCAGCGCAGAUCCCCGCUCCUUGUCUUUCCCAAUCCUAAACCCUGCCCUUUCCCAGCCCAGCCAGCCUUCCCCGCCCCUUCCUGGCUCCCAUGGGAGAAACAGCCCUGGCUUGGGUUCCCUCGUUGGCCCCCACGGUCCACACAUGCCCCCUGCUGCCUCCAUCCCGCCUCCCCCAGGCUUGGGCGGUGUUAAGGCUUCUGCUGAAACUCCCCGGCCCCAACCAGUAGACAAACUGGAGAAGAUCCUGGAGAAGCUACUGACUCGCUUCCCACAAUGCAAUAAGGCCCAGAUGACCAACAUUCUUCAGCAAAUCAAGACCGCACGGACCACCAUGGCAGGCCUGACCAUGGAGGAACUGAUGCAGUUGGUAGCGGCCCGCCUGGCCGAACACGAGCGGGUGGCAGCCAGUACCCAGCCCCUCGGUCGGAUCCGGGCCUUGUUCCCUGCUCCGCUGACCCAAAUCAGUACCCCAAUGUUCUUGCCUUCUGCCCAAGUUUCGUAUCCUGGAAGAUCUUCACAUGCUCCAGCCACCUGUAAGCUGUGUCUAAUGUGCCAGAAGCUUGUCCAGCCCAGUGAGCUGCAUCCAAUGGCGUGCACCCAUGUGCUACACAAGGAGUGUAUCAAAUUCUGGGCCCAGACCAACACAAAUGACACUUGUCCCUUUUGUCCAACUCUUAAAUGACGGACCUGACUGGGGAGGAAGAAGAGGAGAAACUGAUGUGAACAGGAAGCGCGGGUUCAAGAUUUCUAAAACUCUAUAUUUAUACAGUGAUCUAUACUCAUGCCAUGUACAUUUUUAUUAUAUAGGUAAUGUGUGUAUAGAAAGUCUGUAUCCAAAUGUUCGUAAAUGAAAGUAUGUAUAUUAUGCAGAAAUGGUCUCUCCCUCUCACCUUGCAGUUCCUUCGGGGGAUGCAGAUUGUAGGUAAGAUGAUGUUUAGUUUGCCCUUGAAAUUAUGAUAUCCUUGCCUGGGGCUGUUUUCAAGUACAAUAUAAAAACCAUCUAGGAAGCUGCUGUUGCCCUAAGGCCAUCCUGCUUUGAUUUGGCUCAGCCUCUAGUUCAUUUUCUUAAGGCUCAUGUAUGCAGAUUUGAACCCUGGUGCUCACCUGCUGUCCAACCAGAUGCCUUGCUUACUGAAAGCCUACGGAAGCCUCAGUGUUGUUCUAGCCACUCGACUCCAAAUGGAUAAAAUGAGACUGAUUGAGGAAAAAAAAAUGUAACCCUAAUAGUUUGAAUUUUCAUUGAAUAUUUUACUGUGUUAACGCUCAUUAUUUGCACAUAGACAUUAGGUUUACAGAAUAUUCUGUUUUACAUCAGCAAAAUUCACAGUCUAAGAAUACCAACAUAACUGGGUCCCAUUUCUCCCAUGCCCCCCCAAAAGCUUCUGUCCAUCUGACUUCCUGGAUAGGCCUCUCUUUAGAAACUAGCACAGCCCACAGAUCUUUCCUGGGCCAAACCAUCCCUUGCUGCCACUGAGUUGGCUUCCGAUCAAGCUCUGACAGACCAACCUUGUGAAGGCCUCACCUCUUCCCCUUCACUUCUGGUCUCCUGGUCAGUUAGUCCCCCUCCCCACUGAAGGUUAAGGCAGUUGGUUCACAACCAAGUUGUUUGGUGACCUUGGGUGAGCUCUAGGCAGGCACUGGGGUGAGGAGAUGUCUGUGCAAAAUUACUUGCAGAAUGACCUUGGGAUGCCAGAUUUUAAUUUUUGAAGCAAGAAAAUUAUGGGGGACAUGUUUCCUAUCCUGGGAAAAAUGGAAGCCAAAGUGACAUGAAGGGGGGUUGGAGUUCAAGUUUAGAAGUCAUUUGUUCUAUAGAUAGCUGUCUAGAACGAGAUCGCUUUCCCACCUCUGCUUAUUGAGCACUUCUGGUGUUUAGGUUUAUACCUGUGAAAGCUGUGAAUCUCUGAGGGCUUUGACUCUUUUCCUGUCCUUUUAUCUUUACUCCUACAGGAAAUGGCUUCAGCUUCCUUCUCUUUUGGAUUAAACAAGGAAAAACUUAAGUGUUAAUUAAAAAAAAAACAAAAACACUAGCUCUAGGGGAAGAACAUCAUUGUAUUACCAACAGCUGAAUUGUUCCCGUUCUGGGACCUGGAAAUGCUUCCUGGCGCUGGCAGCACUGUCCGGGUAGCAAACACUUUCCCUUUCAGAUCCAGUUAUAUUCCCUGCUCUCUGCUUUUGAUCUUUUCCUUCUUUGUCCUUCGUCUUUGCCUAUCAGCCUCUUAGACGUAGUCCUUCCCUUCUUUUGCCUUACUUGCUCAGCCUUGUUGACUAGCAUCAUUUUCAGGAGCUGGACUUCCCAGGACCUCCUUGGCAUCUUGUAGGGUGAUUGAAAUGGCCUGAGUUCUCACCUCUGUAGAGGUCAGGUGACUCACUUUCUUUGGUUAAUGAAAUAUUAAUGUCUCCAGUUUGGUAGCUAUCAUGAACGGAAAUGUGGCAAAAUGGAAGACCAGUUCCUUUGUUCUUUUCAUUUGGGGGAUUCAUUUUUUUCUCUUGCAAUCAAAAGAUUUUCUCUCUCAUCAACUUUGCAGUAGCCUUUAGGCCACUAGCAAUAUUUUUCAGUAUUACCUAAAAAUCUAGAAAUUAGGAAUGGAUAUAAAGGCUAUUCUCUUUUCCACAGAUCUUUGAAGCCAAAGGAAUAUAGAGAG